AUGUCGUGGUUCACAUCUCUGUUUUCCUCGUCGCGGACACCCUCCUCUCUGCCGAAUGUGGAGCCGGCGUCUGAGGACAGACCAUUGCUCGAAGAGCCCGUGGUCAACCCAGAACCAGUACUCGAGACACCCAAACCAUCCUCUAUGCAGCAGUUGCAGACCGAACGACCGAAUAGGAGCAAGGUCAUCUUUGGUGCCGGAGUCGCCUUCUUCGCCUUCUCUCUCCUGAUCACGCGCCGGUCUUUCGCACGGAAGCGUCUUGCCUCAAAUCCUGCCUUCUAUGCAAAUGCCCCGGCCCACCAAGCCGAACAGUCAACCAAGGUCAGUGGGGCCAUGGAGGCCAUGGAGGCACUAAACCUGGCGACCAUCAACGUCUUGAGUCUGGCUAUGAUGGCGACAGGCGGCACCAUGUGGUAUCUCAACAUCAAUAGUAUGCAGGAUGCCCGACGAGUGCUGAGAGGUGGACUCGGCGUUGAUGGCACUGGCAAGACGGAAAAGGAUGCCGAGGAAGAGUUUGAAGAGUGGAUGGCCACCGUCCUUGCGCGGAAAGAUGCAAAAGGUACACGACCACAACCACAGACAAACGAAAGAGGACAGGCGAGGUGA